CCCAAACUCCAAAAAGCCCAACAGAGUCCAAAAUUUUUAAUAAAAUAAAAGUGAAAACGAAGCAAAUUCUAGGGUUUCUCCUCCCUGCUAUUGUUGUUGUUGUUGUUGUUGUUGUUUUCCCCUUAUUUUGCUAACAGAGCCUUCUCAAAGACGACAUUCAACAAUGGCGAAUUCAAUGGCGAAGUCUUUCCUUCAAGUUGCAGCUACUGAAGAGGUUGUUUCUCCUCUCAGAGUUGUCCAGAUCGAAGGCCUGGUGAUAUUGAAAAUAAUCAAGCACUGCAAGGAGUUUUCACCGGCUCUGGUUACCGGCCAACUUCUUGGAUUAGAUGUUGGCAGUGUUCUUGAAGUUACCAAUUGUUUCCCUUUCCCGAUCCGCGAGGAAGAUGAGGAGAUUGAAGCUGAUGGAGCUAAUUAUCAGCUUGAGAUGAUGAGAUGUCUAAGGGAGGUUAAUGUUGAUAACAACACUGUUGGAUGGUACCAAUCAACGAUUUUGGGUUCAUAUCAGACAGUUGAGCUCAUUGAGACUUUUAUGAAUUAUCAGGAGAAUAUUAGGAGGUGUGUAUGCAUUAUCUACGAUCCUUCGAGGUCUAAUCAAGGUGUCUUGGCUCUUAAGGCUUUGAAGCUAUCUGAUUCUUUUAUGGAACUUUACCGAGCUAAUAGCUUUACUGGAGAAAAGUUGAGGGAGAAAAACUUGUCAUGGAUGGAUAUUUUCGAGGAAAUUCCUAUCAAAGUCUCAAAUUCUGCCCUUAUCAGUGCCUUUAUGACUGAGCUGGAAUCUGACACUCCAGUUACACAGUGUGAUUAUGAUCGUCUGCAAUUGUCAAACAAUCCAUAUAUGGAGAGGAAUAUGGAAUUUUUGAUUGAAUGCAUGGAUGAUUUGUCAGUGGAACAGCAGAAGUUCCAAUUUUACUACAGGAGCCUGUCACGUCAACAAGCCCAGCAACAGGCAUGGCUUCAGAAAAGAAGGGCAGAUAACAUGCAACGAAAAGCUGCCGGGGAGGAUCCUUUGCCUGAGGAGGACCCUUCAAAUCCCAUCUUCAAGCCAAUCCCUGAGCCAUCACGGUUGGAGAGCUUCCUCAUAACAAAUCAAAUCGCAAAUUACUGCAACCAAAUCAACGGGGUUUCUGGGCAGAGCUUCAACAGAUUGUAUUUAAUGAAAUCGUUGCACGAUAACUGAAACUCGCAAUGUCGUCUGCAAUUUUUUGCAGGUAUAAAUGAUGCAUUGUCUAGAUUAGCUGAAAAUUUUUGCAAUGUCUGAGUAGAAUUAUAAUUUAUGGUUGUGAUUUUUAUUUGAAGAUGAAUGUGAUUGAAAAUUUUUCCCAUGCUGUUAAUGUUUUACAUUUAAUCUGUAAGCCUGAUCAUUUGCCCGCAUUAAAUCUUAGUAUUACUAUUUGAAUAUGAAAUGACAUUUUUCGUUGGAUUUCACUAAA